AUGUUUUUUAUUGAUAUAAUCUACAAUAAAUCAAAAAGCAAAUAAUUAAUAAACAAAGAAAAAAUUGAUAAUUAAAAAGAAAGAAUCAAAACACAAAAGGAAAUACAAAGGUAACUUUCUUGUGUAUUAUACGAUUUUGUUGACCAAAUUCUUGGACAGAAAGAGUUUUGUUGUUAAUUUAUGUCCUAAUCUCAAUCAUCAACCUUAUAUGAAAACGAUUCAUAUUUGUCUGAAUCUUUGACUUCUGGUAGCAAUAUGCUCAACGAUAAGAACAAUUACACUAGAGGAAGAGCUUCUCAAGUGAGCAACCAGAGUAUUCUCUAUGUAGGUAGAAAGAAUGCUUCUAUGGUUUAGCACGUCGUUUAGAGCUCUCCCUAACAUUUCUCUAUUUCAAAUAAACUCAAUGAAUCCUUUGGAUCAGAUCUAGUUUAGGACUAAGAUAAUAGCACUCAGCACAGAAACUCUAGCUUCUCAAAUAGUAAUGGUGGGGGAUCUUUCAUAUCUCGUAGUGGUAAUGGAAGAAUAUUAUCUGACCAAAACUUAAGCCCUCUUUGCAACAAGUUAUCUGACCUUUCUAAUGGUGGUGGAUUCAGCAACAGCUUUAAUUAUGGCAAUCGCUAGAUAAAUACAUCAACAUCGAGCUAUUCAUCUCUCAAUGACAAUAUUGAAAUGAGUAACUCUCUUCUCCUUGCUAAAGAAUAUUUAGAAAAAGACGAAUCUCUGAUUGAUUAAAAUAUUUUUGAACUCCUUUUUGAAGAUUUACACACCCUCAACUCGAAUAGCAUUAAAGAAUACUACAAUAAAAUUAUAACAUCUUUCUAGAAUGAUGAUGAUUACUCAUAAUUUUUUAAUGAAAACCAAUUCAUUGAAGACUAAGUCUCAAGCAAAAAAAUUAUUAAUUUAUAAUCAAAUUCAUCAAUCUGCACAAAUUUAAAUAGCUUGAAUGAUGUUUCCUCAACUUCUCCUAUGAAUGAAGCAUUUGAUUUCUAAACCUUUGACACUAUUUAAGACUUUGAUAAUUCCUAACAAAACUUAAAAGUUGGCUCUGCAAUGAGUUCAUUAAUUUUCCAAAUCAACCCAUAAAAACACUUCAGAAAUACCAUGAUUCUCACAUUUGACUACUUUAUGACUCCUUUGACAUUCUUGCUCUACGUGAUAAAAUGCUAUUAUAUUCCCAAGCCAAUCGGACUCAGUGAAAAGGAAGAAGAAAAAUUCGAUAAAAGAAUGGAAUAAAUUCGUAUCAAUAUUGGAUAAGUUAUCAGAGAUUACGUAGAAAUCCGUUCAUCUGAAUUCCUUUAAUCAAACAUCACUAGCGUAUUGUUAAUUGUCUUUUUCCAAACAAUUCCUUCUAAUAGCAAGGAAAAAAGCUUGUUCACUCAACUUGCUGAAAAAGUGAAGGAGAAAAAAACUUAAUAUGAGCUAUAAAAUUUGUAAAAAAGUAAAAGAUAAGCAAUUAUUUAUAAUAGCUCAUGUUUUAGUACUAACUCCUCUUCAACUUAUCCUCAAAAUAUUUACCAAAAAUCAAACCCUCAAAAUACUUCAUUCUCUGCCCCAAACAAUUUGAUGUGUUUAGGCCAAAGCAAUUCUAGCAUUCUAAGUGAAGAAUUGAUGAGAAUCGAAAAGAAAAAUAAAUAAAUUCAACGUCACCUCUCCCUUUACGAACUCUCCCCUCUGUUACACUAUCAAACUGAAACUAUAGCAAAAGUCUUAGCUCAAAUUGAUGCCAAGUGGUUUAUUCGUUUGAACAUCAGCAAUCUCAUUAACUCUAAAGUAAGUGUCUGUAGUAAAUCUUCCUAUGUUAAGAAGUACUCAAACCGUUUCAACUAUUAUGUUUACUGGUUUAAGAACUAAGUGCUUAACUAAAAAUAGAUUGAUAACAGAGUUAGCCAAAUCUACUAAUACAUCGAAAUCAUGAUCAAGCUUGAUCAAGAAUAUCGCUCAUAUCCCACAGUUCAUGCACUCUACACAGUUAUUUCAUACAUGCAAAACUAACUUCCCUAAACAUGGAAGCGUUUAGAAGAAAAGCUUCGUGCUUAAAAGAAGUGGGUUUCCAUCACACUUGAAUUACAAGAAUAUCAAAAGAUGUUCAACGAUAAAUAUUAUGGCUACAAACAAACAAUUCUGAAACAUCAAGAAAAUCGUAAAAGCUAUAUUCCUUGCAUGAACCCUUACUUACAAGAUAUCUAUAACGAUGAAAUGAAAUUCACUGCUGUCUCUGCUAAGAAAAACAGUAGUGGAAACCAAUUAGUAGUUCCCAGAGUCAUUCACGAAAGAAUAGGCGACCGUCUUUUGAACCUCUCAGUCUUACAAAAGCAAUGUGAGAAAGUUUUCCCCAACCAAGACAACGAAUACAAAGAUUUUAGAAACACCAGGAAUGAUGAAAGCCAACUCUAUACAAUCUUCAAAAAGAAAUGCGUUAAAGAAAUCGAUGAUCUCCUCCUUUAAAAUUGUAUAUAAUUUAAAGAUCUAGAGCUAUACUUUAUCGGAAAGUGCAAAGAAAUAGAACCUAACUGA